AUGAAAAAGGAACCGUCGGAGGGCAACGCUGUAUGUGCUCUUGCUGGUAGAAUUAGUGCUACCUUCUUUGAAGAGGCUGGUCAAGGGCGCCGAUUUGCUGGUCUUAGCCCGACUGAAUUGAUUCACGGGUGCUUGCUGGCCUCCUCACCAGCGGCAUCUUGUGUGACGCCGUUGACCAUCGAGGCUCGAGGGAAAAUGUUCAGAAUGCUCAGGCGCUGCGUGAAUAGAUCUGAGGACGUGGAAAACGAGGGAGUUUACAUACGAAUUCGAGUAGAAGUGUCGAGUAGACACUUCGAAGAAUUCGAGUCGAGUAGACGCCAAAUAUGGACGGAGGUGAAGUAUGUGGCGAUGCGAGCUAAGGCUCGUUCCGGAGAUACUAAGGCGAAUAGGACUAACGAUACAAGCACAUGCAAGAUGAGCAGAUCAACAGUUCAUAAGACUUCUCAUAAUAUUCCUGAAUUCUGCGUGAUCGAGACCAUAAAGGUAUUGACAGCCCUGCAAGCGACCCUUGCAGCAAGACCUACUAUCAAGCACUUCAUCUUCUAA